CCGGCGGAGUUGGAGUCGCCGCGGGAAGAGGAGGAGGAGAAGGAGGCCUGGGGGAGGUUUCUUCGGGGGCUGGCCCCGGGAGCGAACUGCUGAAGCGGCAUUUUCUCUCUUGGUUCCUUCCUUCCUUUCCGUAUGCAGAAAAAUACACCCGCCCGGGGUCGCUGAACUGCUCGUAAGUGCUUGGCUAAGUUGGCGCCCUCCUCUUCGUGCGUCUCGGCCACCCUCGGGGGCCAGCCAGCUAUCUAUCCACCGCCCUGCAUUCCCUUCCACCCCCCCGAAAAGUUUGCUGGAGUAAAAUAGCGGGGGGGGGGGGGUGCAAAGUGAAGCUACCUCUGAUUGAUUCCACACAAGUAGGAAGAAUAAGAUGUCCAUUGUAAGGGAUAACCAAGGUUUAGCCCUGCAAGCAACUCAGAGCAGUCAACAGACCAAGGAACCAUUUGUUGAGAUUGAUAAUGGCAGUGCUGAAGAUGUCAAGGGAUCAAACACAUAUGCUUUUAUUCUUAAGAAGAUUUCUCCGUAUGUGAUGUCUUUUGGAUUCAGAUUAUUUGGUGUUGUGCUUAUUUUUGUGGACAUUCUACUUGUGAUUGUAUCUCUAUUGACUGAUGACAAAAAUGGGAUCUUUGGAGGCAUCUCUCUGGCUAUAGCGCUCUUCUUCUUUGUAGAUGUUCUCCUACGAGUUUGUCUUGAAGGCUUCUGGAAUUAUUUCACAUCCAAGCUCAACAUUCUGGAUUGUGUCAUUGUUGUAGGGACACUGUUUAUAAAUAUAUUAUAUUACAUGUCUGCCUUCAGUGGAGCCAGUAAAAUUCCAAGAGUGGUGGUUAUUUUCCGAGUCCUGAGGGUUAUAAUUCUGAUAAGAAUAUUUCGUUUGGCUUCUGAGAAAAGACAACUUGAAAAAGCAUCCCGGAGGAUGGUCUCGGAAAAUAAGAGGCGUUAUCUAAAAGAUGGUUUUGAUUUGGAUCUCACUUACAUCACUGCUCGUGUUAUAGCAAUGUCUUUUCCAUCCUCUGGGCAGCAGUCUUUCUACAGGAAUCCUAUGCUGGAAGUUGUAAGAUUCUUGGAUACAAAACAUGAAAACCACUAUAAGGUCUACAAUCUUUGCAGUGAACAGGGCUAUGAUCCACUGUAUUUCCAUUACAGGGUAGAGCGAAUAUUCAUCGAUGACCACAAUGUUCCUACUCUAGAGAUGAUGCUGAAAUUUACUGCUAAUGUGAGGGAAUGGAUGAAUCAGGACCCGAAGAACAUUAUAGCAAUACACUGCAAAGGAGGGAAGGGCAGGACCGGGACUAUGGUUUGCACCUGGCUUAUUGACAGCAACCAGUUUGAGAGCGCACAGGAAAGCUUGGAUUAUUUUGGUGAGAGGAGAACUGAUAAAAGCACCAGCUCCAAGUUUCAGGGAGUGGAAACACCAUCGCAGAGCAGAUAUGUGGGGUAUUAUGAAAUCUUGAAAAACAAGUAUGAUUUGAAACUUCCACCAGAAAGACCUCUCAGGAUCAAAAGCAUCAAGAUCAUGGCGAUCUGUGGAGUUGGGAAAGGCAACGGGUCUGAUUUGAAAGUGCAGAUCCUGAUGAAGAAGAAAGUGGUCUUCCAGUGUGUUUGCGCCACCCAGGAGCACUGCAAGUUGUUCUUUGAUGGAGAACGUGACUGUGCAGUAAUUAGUUUGGAAGACUGUCCUGUCAUUUGCAAUGAUGUGAAAGUCCGAUUUGAAUCCACUUCAGAUUUUCCAAAAUCCUAUGAUGACUGCGCUUUCUUCUUUUGGUUCAACACCUCUUUUAUAGAAGACAACAAACUUUACCUUGGUAGAAAUGAACUGGAUAACCCACACAAGCAAAAAAUGUGGAAGAUUUUCAGGGAAGACUUUGCCGUGGAGUUGAAUUUCACAGAACCGUAACCCCAAGCGAGAAGCAACUGUUUAAAUGGAACGACACUUCCCGUUUCCUCCAGAAUCAUGUGUCUCUGCCAUUGCUGUGAACAGCCUGACUUUCUUAGAUGUUUCUUCAGUGCAGUAGAGAUGGCAGCACCUCAGAACUGGAGACGUAACCUGCCUCGUAUUUUUUGUUCAGCUUCUGAUGAUAAUUGUAACUCAUCAGUGUGGAGCUCAUCAGUGUGUCUGUACCCCCUUUUGACUACCUAAGUUAGUCUAAAUGAAAGGUCAACAACCAUCCAUUGUUCUGGAUGAAAGAACUUACUUGUGUUUGCAUCACUAACAACUGGUUGGCUGAGAAAUUUGGGUUGGUAACUUGCCUAUAUUGACUUGGAAGCAAUGAAGGAAUGGGAAUGUGUGUGUUGGGGGGGAGCACUCAGAGUUGCCUUGACUUCUAAAAACAAUUUGUUAAGGUUUCUAAUACCUGGUUCAUCUAGUGCACAGGUGUCAAACUCGCGCCCCUCCAGAUGUUAUGGACUACAGUUCCCAUCAUCCCCUGCCAGCAUCAUGCUGGCAGGGGAUGAUGGAAACUGUAGUCCAUAACAUCUGGAGGGCCACAAGUUUGACACUUAUGAUCUAGUGUUAAAUGUUUGUAUCUGGUGUAAGGGGGGACGGGACAAAAUGGACUGUGGAGCUUGUUCUACGUAGCUUCAGUGUAGACACAAAAGAGAUUCUUUGGAGUGGGGAUUAGGACUUCAGGGAAUUUGGGCCAAACAGUUAUUGGCAUACAGACCCAUAGUUGGACUCACGCUAAUCUGAAAUCCUGCCCUGGUGUGCAAAAAGGUGAUUUUGGGAUUAAGAUAAUGUAAUUCUAAAGGACUGGAUAGCUGACUUCUAAAGACACACAUGUACACCCACUUCUGUUCACUAAUGCAAGGAACAAUUAGGGUGGUCUGCUCCCCAGCCUCAGACUUGUUGUGGAGUUAACCGGGUUUUGGAAUCCUUUUGGGCUGUCCUGGUUUAGGGGGAAACAAGCUGAUUCUUGGUGACAGUCCAACUCCAUCUGGGUAUGCCUCUACCAUUUCACUGUAACGAGUCUGAUCUUAUGCCAUAUGCAGCUAAAUAAAGCAAGAAAAAAA